AUGGAGGCACUAUUGUGCAGAAAACUGGGUGAUCCAACGGUGAGUUUGGAAGACAACGAUAGCCCAAUAGUUUUGUCGAAGAAUCACCCAAUUCCCCGACUCGAUUCUCCCACCGCUGUAAGAGUCAGAAUCAAAGCCACAAGCUUGAACUUCGCCAAUUACUUGCAGAUAUUGGGCAAGUACCAAGAGAAACCGUCUUUGCCCUUCAUCCCAGGCUCCGAUUAUUCCGGUUACGUAGACGCCGUUGGCCCCAAAGUUUCGAACUUCCGAGUCGGGGACCCUGUUUGUUCCUUCGUCGGCCUCGGCUCCUACGCUCAGUUCGUCGUCGUUGACGAGUCUCAAUUGUUUCAGGUGCCCCAAGGUUGUGAUCUUGUUGCUGCUGGAGCACUUCCUGUGGCUUUUGGCACUUCUCACGUAGCACUCGUGCACAGGGCCCAAUUGACCUCCGGUCAGGUGUUGUUGGUUUUGGGUGCAGCCGGGGGUGUGGGAAUUGCUGCUGUGCAAAUUGGAAAAGCUUGUGGGGCCAUUGUCAUUGCUGUUGCUAGGGGAAAUGAAAAGGUGCAGCUUUUGAAAUCUCUUGGUGUUGAUCAUGUGGUGGACUUGGGUAAUGAAAGUGUUACUGAGAGUGUGAAGAAGUUCCUUCAAGCUAGAAAGCUUAAGGGGAUUGAUGUUCUGUAUGACCCAGUUGGAGGCAAGCUCACUAAAGAAUCUCUGCGGCUUCUAAAAUGGGGAGCUAACAUUCUUAUAAUCGGGUUUGCAAGUGGCGAAAUUCCUGUCAUCCCUGUUAACAUAGCUCUUGUUAAGAAUUGGACAGUGCAUGGCCUUUACUGGGGUAGCUAUAAAAUACACCGCCCAGGUGUUCUUGAAGAUUCUGUCAAGGAGCUACUGUCUUGGUUGGCAAGAGGCUUGAUUUCCAUCCAUAUUUCUCAUUCAUACCCCCCUUCAAAGGCCAACCUUGCCUUUUCUGCCAUCAAGGAUAGGAAAGUUAUUGGAAAGGUGAUGAUUGUUUUCGAUGAUAAACAUACAAGAUCCAUGCUGUGA